UAGAAAAUACCAAUUUGGAACUUAAUUAUAUUAACCAAAAUAUUGGCCAAGAAGACUUUUUAUCAGUUUUUAAUAAAAUUGCAAGCUCUAUAAAUAAUAGUACUAAUUUAUUUUAUGAUAACACAGCUUCUUUUUUAGAAGAAUUUGUUGAAGAUAUAGAAGAAGAUAUAGAAAAAAACACAGAAGAGCCUUCUAAUUUAAUAGAUGAUUCUGUUAAUAAAAACUCAUUAAAUUUAGAAAUUGAAAAUUUUAUAUCUUUGUCUUCAAAACUGAAGUCUAAUGAAUUUCCAAUUGAAGAUAUUGUGCAUAGAAAUAAAGAUUUUGAUAUAGAUGAUUUGAUCAAUAGUUUAAACUGA